AUGAGUGAUGCUAAACCUGUCCAUACACCUCUUGAAAUCAAGCUCAAACUCAGCUUGGAGGGGCAACCACUUCCAAACAUAAGUUAUUAUCAGCGACUUGUUGGUAAGUUGAUAUAUUUGACUAUCACAAAGCCUGACAUAGCCUAUUCAGUAAGCAUUGCUAGCCAAUUUAUGCACUCUCCCAUGAUGGAGCAUUUUAAUCUUGUCAAAAAAAUAAUUCGGUACCUAAAAGGUUCAGUGGGUCGUGGCAUAAUCAUGAAGAAGAAUGAGAGCACUCAGAUCACAGGUUAUUGUGAUGCUGAUUGGGCUGGUAAUUAUAUUGAUCAUAAGUCUACAACAGGGUAUUGCACAUUUGUGGGAGGCAACCUUGUUACAUGGAAAAGUAAAAAGCAAGCAGUCGUUGCAAGAUCAAGUGCUGAGGCUGAAUAUUGA